CACCCGUACCCACCACCUCUAAUGUCUCAAUGCUCGUACCCACCAUCGUCAAGAGCCCCAAACCCAUAUCCAGACCCCCAAACCCAUAUCCAGAAACCAGAAUCCAGAAUUUGGAUGCAGAGGUAGCAAAACAGAUACCUGUCAGAACUACGGCAUGUAAAUUAAACUUGAAGCCCUGUCGUAAUGUUGAUGUUAACAAGCGAGAUACUAAGAAUACGAAACAAUCUCGAUAUGUAAAUUUUAAUAAUUUAAUUUAUGUCAAUUGUACAAAGGAACAAAAGACUUAUUUUAUGCCUAUCAACUUUUGUCUGCUGAAUUCGAACACCAGAUCAAUAAAUAGGAAAGAACUUUUUAUUAAUGACUAUGUCUCUGAGAACGAUAUUGAUAUUCUGGCAAUGACUGAGACAUGGUUACGUGAGGAUGAUAACGAAUUUUCUAUUGCUGAAAUCUGCCCAACAGGGUAUCACUUUUACCACGUUACAAGGAAAAAUGCCCGAGGUGGAGAAGUUGGUCUCUUACUGAAGAAAUAUAUUAAAGCCAAAAAACAAUCCCAGAGAAAAUUCUCUUCUUUUGAAUAUAUUGAUGUCACCCUGAACUACCGUAACACUUGCACCAGAACGAUUGUCAUUUAUAGACCACCGCCAUCGAAGACUAACAAACUAAGCAGUUCAGUAUUUUUUGAAGAAUUCUGCAUACUUGUAGAACAGUUGAUCAUAUUACCUGGCAAUAUAUUAAUAGCAGGAGACUUUAAUUUCCAUGUAGAUAACAUUACAGAUCCAGAUACUACUAAACUCAACAGGAUACUGGAAUCGUUUAAUUUACAACAGCACGUCAAUGGGCCAACCCACACGAAAGGCCACACUUUAGAUUUGAUUAUAACAAGGAAUGAAGAUGAAUUAGUUACUGGUAUCAGAAUACAUGAUCCAGUAAUAUCAGAUCAUCUUGCCAUACAUUGUACAUUAAAAUUAGAGAAACCACCAUUGGAGCAAGCUGAAAUUUACUAUCGAAAAUUAAACAAUGUAAACAUGAAUAGUUUCAAUGAAGAUCUAAAAGUGCUAGAUUUAGAUGAUGAUUAUGAUUAUGAUCUCCCAGUCCUUAUUGAUAAAUAUGAAAAUACGCUGAAAGAAACAUUACAGCAACAUGCCCCACAAAAACGACGAAUUAUAACUCUCCGUCCUCUAUCACCAUGGUACAAUGAAGAGAUUGGUCAAGAAAAAAGAAAUCGCAGGAAAUUAGAGCGCCGCUGGCGCGCAUCUGGAUUAUGUAUUGACAGACAGUUAUAUGUUAAACAAUGUGAGACAGUGAAUGCCAUGAUAAAGAAUGCUAAAACAACAUACUAUUCAUCGGUUAUUUCUAGCAAUGCACAUAAUCAGAAAGUGUUAUUUAGUACGGUUGAUAAAUUACUCCAUCGAAAGUCAGAAAAGCGCUAUCCAACUGCGUCAUCAACCACAGAACUCGUGAAUAAAUUUGCAGAUUUCUUCAGUAAUAAGAUUACUACUAUACGGCAAGAACUAGUCAUUGAUUCUUCCCACUGUAAUCAGCUAAAUCAAGAGGAGCAAUAUGUACAAUGCGCUAAAUUCAUUAACUUUCAAGAAGUCACGGAACAUGAAAUUAAAAAUAUUAUUGAUAUAGUUGGAAAAAAAUCUUGUGAACUUGAUCCAGUUCCCGCAAAAAUCUUUCAAAGAUGUCAGAAGACUCUCUUACCUAUAAUUACUAAGAUCAGUAAUGAGUCACUUCAGUCAGGUUGUAUGCCUGGAAAACUAAAAGAAGCCGUGUUGAAACCAAAACUAAAGAAAGAUUCGUUGGAAUACGAAGAAUACACAAAUUUUAGACCUAUUUCAAAUUUAAAACUCCUGUCUAAAGUAAUUGAGAAGGCCGCCGCCGGUCAGCGUCUGGAACAUUUGGCUAAUAACAACCUAGAAGAACCUUUCCAGUCGGCAUAUAAACGUUUUCAUAGCGUGGAAACAGCCCUAUUAAAAGUGCAAAACGAUAUUCUUGUGGCUAUUGAUAAUCAUAAGUGUGUUGUGUUGUUACUACUAGAUAUGUCAGCAGCAUUCGAUACUGUUGAUCACGAAAUUUUAUUACAAAGAAUGUUCAAACGAUUUGGGAUAGAUGGACAAGUAUGGAAAUGGUUUCUAACAUGUUCUGGUAGUUCGUUGCACAGUUUCGGUGCCGCAUAUGAGAACGAUCGUUCACCAUAGUUAACCAAUUUUACUGAGGGUAUUGUGAGCAGUCCCUUGGAUGAAGAGCGUAAAUUUGCUGAUGGUGUGUAAGGUUUUAGCAUAUUGUUAAUGUAAUGUGGAGCAGCACCAUUCAGGGAUUUAUAUGUAAUAAGAACAAUUUUAUAGAUGAUGCCUUGACUAUUGGGAAGCCAAUGUAAUUGUUUCAUUAAUGGAGUAACAUGGUCGUAUUUUCUGCUUCCUGUCACCAGACGAGCAGCACAGUUUUGCACAUUCUGUAACCGAUCCAUAAGAAAUUUAGGUAGUCCGUAUAGCAAAGAGUUGCAAUCAUCCAGUUUCGAUGUAAUAAAGGCAUGAACUAGGGUUUGGAUAUCUGAUUUUGAUAAGUACUCUUUUAUUCUUGCUAUUUUUCUCAAAUGGAAAAAACUGUUCUUGCAAAUGUUGGUAAUAUGUUUAUCCAUGGACAUGUGUUGAUCGAAGGUUACACCGAUGUUUCGUGCUGAAGUACUUGGUUGAACUAUUGACUUAGAUAUUUCUAUAUGGUGUACAGCAGGGCAAAAACGAUUUCGUGCAUUGAUUACUAGUAACUCAGUCUUGUCCCCAUUCAAUUUUAAUUUAUUUUUGACCAUCCACAAAUCAAUCUCCUUCACACACAUUUCAAUUUGUACCAGUGCUCCCGCUUUUUCUUCAGUGGUUGACUCAAAAGCGAGAUAUAAUUGCGAGUCAUCUGCGUAAAAGUGAAAGUCAAGACCAUGACCUCUAAUGAUAUCACCAAGGGGUGAAGUGUAUAGUAAAUAUAAUAUAGGUCCGAGAACUGAUCCUUGUGGGAUUCCACAGCUCAAGUCUUUAGAGAUAGAUUUAACACCAUCAAUUACUACACUUUGCGUUCUAUUUUGAAGAUAGGACUGAAAGAGUGAGACCUUGCCUAUUUUUAAAACUAGAUUAAAGACACAUCUUUUUAAACAGUGUUAUGACUAAGUACUAUUUUAACAAGAGUAUUACCAAUUUUAUAGUAUUUUAUAUAGUUUUGUUUUAAUAUUGUCAACAUUUAUAGUAUAAAGUAAUUUUAUAUUCAUAAUGAAAAGAACAUAUAAUACUUUUAGUAUAGUUAAUGUAUGUAUUACCAACCUUAGUAUUAUGCAUGUACUUAUAUAUAGUAUAUAUUUUUAACACUUAAUGUUAAGCGCCAUUGAGCUACAGGAAAUGGCGCUAUAUAAAUGAGUAAUAAUAAUAAUAAUAAUAAUAAUAGUAUCGAUCUUUCAUGUUGUAACACAAACACAUCGGCUGAAUCUGCUAGAACGGCUUCUGCUAUAUUCGCUUGUUUUCGCCAUGCUCUGGAUGCAAUUGAAUAGUCUCGUUGUAAUAGCUGAC